CAUAAGUCAGAAUCGUAAUCGUUUGAUCAAGGAUUCCCAUGCGAGUGACUCACCGCACAGAUAGAAACAAGGGGAAACGAAACUAGUCCCGAGUUUGAUUAGGAAAAAGAAAAAGAAAAAGAAAAUCUCGUCUUUAUAUUUAAAAUCCCCUCGUAUGCAUCGGACAGUAUUUAUUACGCCCUAAUCUCUCCCUAUAGAAGAGGAAUAAGAAAACAAACGACGCCCUAGAUACAUCGUUAAAAGGAUGUACGGUCAAGACGGAGGCGAAGCUGCUUCGCCAUUAUAUGGCGGUGCUGGAGGCUAUAGUGGAGGAGGAGGUGGUGGCGGAGGCGGCUAUGGGAGUUAUGGAGGGGAUAGUGGUUUUGGUGUACGUGGCGGCGGUGGACGUGGUGGUCACGGAGGCCGCGGUGGCGGCAGAGGAGGAGGUGGAGGAUAUGGUGGAAGUUCUCAAAAUCGAGGAGGUGGUGGAGGCUAUCAAGGAGGAGACCGUGGUGGAAGAGGCGGUGGUGGAAGAGGUGGUGGCCGUGGUGGAGGCGGCAGAGAUGGUGAUUGGCUUUGCCCGAACCCCAGCUGUGGGAACCUGAACUUUGCAAGAAGAGUUGAGUGUAACAAAUGCGGUGCACCCUCUCCUGCGGGUGCUGGUGAUCGUGGUAGUGGUGGUGGUGGUGGUGUUUAUAACAGAGGAGGUAGUGGUGGAGGAUAUGGUGGUAAUCGUGGAGGUAGAGGAGAUGGGAGUAGAGGUGGUUAUGAUAGCGGGAGAAAUAACAACUAUGAUGAAGGUAGAGGUGGAAAUUAUGAUAAUAGAAGUGGUGGUAGCAGAGGUGGUUCUUAUGGUGGUAAUCAAGGGGGAGAAGAUGGUGGAUAUGGUCAAGUUCCUCCCCCAGCUCCCCAUUCCUAUGGUAGUACUGCUGCUGGAAACUAUCCACCUGCUCCUAAUGCAUAUGGUGGGAAUGCAAAUUAUGGAAUGGAUGCAGUUCCUCCACCUACAAGCUAUGCUGGUGGACCUACUUCAUUCCCUCCAUCUUAUGGUGGCCCUGCAGGUGUUUAUGGUGGUGAGGGUUUGAAUAAUAUAAGGACUGGUGGUCGGGGUGGACCUCCCGGUGGAUAUGAUGGUGGGUUUGGGUCUGGUGGUCCUCGACAUCAGGGAGGUGGUUAUGGUGGUCCUCCUGUUGAUGCAUCAGUUAAGAUCAAGCAGUGCGACGGCAACUGUGGAGAUUCUUGUGACAACUCAAGAAUAUACAUGUCAAAUUUGCCACCUGAUGUUACUACCGAAGAAUUAAGAGAGCUUUUUGGUGGCAUUGGACAAGUUGGAAGAGUUAAGCAGAAGCGUGGCUAUAAAGAUCAGUGGCCAUGGAAUAUUAAAAUAUACACAGAUGAGAAAGGAAACCAGAAAGGCGAUGCAGUUUUGUCUUAUGAAGAUCCUCAGGCUGCUCACUCUGCUGGCGGUUUCUUUAAUAAUCAUGUCAUGAGAGGCUUUACAAUCAGCGUGGCUAUGGCAGAGAAGACUGCACCUAAAGUAUAUGAUCAUGGAGGUGGUAAAGGUGGCUAUGGAGGUGGUGGGGACAGGCGCAGGGAUAAUUAUAGAGAUGGAGGUACUGGGCCAGAUAGGCAUCACUCUGGCGGAAACCGUUCACGCCCAUACUGAGAGACUUUCAGCUUCUGAGUAUUCUGUGUACUGAGAAUUAUGAUCUAAGGGUUGUAGUUGUGUCCCAUUCAUGGGUUUUUCUUGAACAGGAGACUAAGAGGUAGGUUGUUCACUUGUUUGGGCAAUACCCCUUUUUCUCCUUCCUCCUUUGUCUUCUGUUAGCUGGAGGGGCUUUUUAUUCUAGGCGUCAGAUUGAUUGGGUUUAUGUGAAUCUUUUUAUAGAGGCAAGUGGAUUAACCCCAAAUUGCUUGCUGCUAAGGUAGGUUGAUAAUGUCAGGUGAGUGCUGCUCUUUCAGAUUUACCCUUU